AUGCAGUCCUUUCGGGAGCAAAGCAGUUACCACGGAAACCAGCCGAGCUACCCGCAGGAGGUACACAGCUCAUCCCGGAUAGAAGAGUUCAGCCCUCGUCAGGCCCAGAUGUUCCAGAAUUUUGGCGCUGGAGGUGGUGGCAGUGGCAGCAGUGGUGGCAGCAGUGGUGGGCGGCGAGGAUCAACAGCUGCAGCAGCAGCAAUGGCUAGCGAAACCUCUGGUCAUCAAGGCUACCAGGGUUUCCGGAAAGAAGCUGGCGAUUUUUACUAUAUGGCAGGCAACAAAGACCCCGUGGCAACAGGAACCCCGCAGCCUCCUCAGCGAAGGCCUUCUGGGCCUGUGCAGAGCUAUGGCCCCCCUCAGGGGAGCAGCUUUGGCAAUCAGUAUGGGAGUGAGGGUCAUGUGGGCCAGUUUCAAGCACAGCAUUCUGCCCUUGGUGGUGUGUCUCAUUAUCAGCAGGAUUACACGGGGCCUUUCUCUCCAGGGAGCGCUCAGUACCAGCAGCAGGCUUCCAGCCAACAGCAGCAGCAGCAGCAGCAGCAGCAGCAAGUGCAGCAGUUGAGACAGCAGCUUUACCAGUCCCAUCAGCCUCUGCCACAAGCCACCAGCCAAGCAGCCUCCAGCUCCUCCCAUCUACAGCCAAUGCAGCGGCCCUCAACCCUGCCAUCCUCUGCUACUGGUUACCAGUUGAGAGUGGGUCAAUUUGGCCAACACUACCAGUCUCCUGCCUCUUCCUCCUCCUCCUCUUCUUUUCCUUCACCACAGCGUUUCAGCCAAUCUGGACAGAGCUAUGAUGGCAGCUACAGUGUAAAUGCUGGUUCCCAGUAUGAGGGACAUAAUGUGGGUUCUAACACACAGGCUUAUGGAUCACAAUCAAAUUACAGCUAUCAGCCUCAAUCUAUGAAAAAUUUUGAGCAGGCAAAGAUUCCACAAGGGAGUCAGCAAGGGCAGCAGCAGCAGCAGCAACAGCAACAACCACAACAACAACAACAACAACAACAACAUCCCCCUCAACAUGUGAUGCAGUAUACCAACACUGCCAGCAAGCUGCCUCUGCAGAGCCAGGUGGGGCAGUACAACCAGCCCGAAGUCCCUGUGCGGUCCCCCAUGCAGUUCCAUCAGAACUUCAGUCCUAUCUCAAACCCUUCUCCAGCUGCCUCUGUGGUUCAGUCUCCAAGCUGUAGCUCUACCCCGUCUCCUCUCAUGCAAAGUGGGGAGAAUCUCCAGUGUGGCCAAGGCAGUGUGCCCAUGGGUUCCAGAAACAGAAUUUUACAGUUAAUGCCUCAACUCAGUCCCACCCCAUCAAUGAUGCCGAGUCCUAAUUCUCAUGCCGCAGGCUUCAAAGGGUUUGGACUAGAAGGCAUGCCAGAAAAGCGACUGACAGAUCCAGGCUUGAGUAGUCUGAGUGCCCUGAGUACUCAGGUGGCCAAUCUCCCCAAUACUGUCCAGCACAUGCUACUCUCUGAUGCCCUGACACCUCAGAAGAAGACCUCCAAGAGGCCCUCCUCAUCUUCUAAGAAAGCAGACAGCUGCACAAACUCGGAAGGCUCCUCACAGCCUGAAGAACAAUUGAAGUCCCCCAUGGCAGAAUCGUUGGAUGGAGGCUGCUCCAGCAGUUCUGAGGAUCAAGGUGAGAGAGUGAGGCAGCUGAGUGGCCAGAGCACCAGCUCUGACACCACCUACAAGGGGGGCGCCUCAGAGAAAGCUGGCUCCUCACCAGCACAAGGCACUCAUAAUGAACCAUCCCGGCUCAGUGCCAGUCCUGCCACAAGAGAAGAGGCCGCUUCACCAGGUGCCAAAGACACACCGUUGUCAUCUGAGGGUAACCCAAAAGUCAAUGAGAAGACAGUCGGGGUGAUUGUCUCCCGGGAAGCCAUGGCCAGUCGAGUGGAAAAGACUGGUGGACAAGACAAGGGCUCCCCAGAGGAUGAUCCGGUGGCCACUCAAAGGCCAUCUAGCACUGGUGGAGCAAAGGAUGCCAGCCAUGCAACUCUUCCACAACCAGAGCUUCCAGGAGGAGGAAGCAAAGGGAAUAAGAAUGGAGAUAAUAACUCUAACCACAAUGGAGAGGGGAAUGGCCAGAGUGGGCAUUCGGCCGUGGGCCCUAGCUUUACAGGAAGAACUGAGGCAAGCAAAUCUCCUGGAAGCCUGCGCUAUAGUUACAAAGAUAGUUUUGGAUCAGCCAUGCCACGAAAUGUCAGUGGCUUUCCUCAGUAUCCUACAGGGCAAGAAAAGGGGGAUUUCACUGGCCAUGGGGAACGAAAGGGUAGAAAUGAGAAGUUCCCCAGCCUCCUGCAGGAGGUACUUCAGGGUUACCACCACCACCCUGAGAGGAGAUAUUCUAGAAGCACCCAGGAGCACCAGGGAAUGGCUGGGGGCUUAGAAGGAACCUCGAGACCUAAUGUCUUGGUCAGUCAAACCAAUGAAUUAGCUAGCAGGGGCCUUCUGAACAAAAGCAUAGGGUCCCUAUUAGAGAACCCCCAUUGGGGCCCUUGGGAAAGGAAAUCAAGCAGCACAGCCCCUGAAAUGAAACAGAUCAAUUUGGCUGACUAUCCAAUUCCCAGAAAGUUUGAAAUAGAUCCUCAGUCGUCAGUGCAUGAGCCUGGGGGUUCUCUCUCAGAAAGAAGAUCGGUGAUCUGUGACAUAUCUCCACUAAGACAGAUUGUCAGGGACCCAGGGGCUCACUCACUGGCACACAUGGGUGCUGACACCAGAAUGGGAAGGAGUGAGCGUCUCAAUCCAAGUUUAAGUCAGUCAGUCAUUCUGCCAGGUGGGUUAGUGUCCAUGGAAGCAAAGCUGAAGUCCCAGAGUGGGCAGAUCAAAGAGGAAGACUUUGAGCAAUCCAAAUCCCAGGCAAGUUUCAACAAGAAAUCUGGAGACCACUGCCAUCCUACCAGUAUCAAGCAUGAGUCUUACAGAGGCAAUGCCAGCCCUGGAGCAGCAGCCCACGAGUCCAUCUCAGACUAUGGCCCUCAGCAAGAGAGCAGACCCACACCGAUGCGGCGGGUUCCUGGCAGAGUUGGUGGCCGGGAGGGGAUGAGGGGUCGGUCCCAUUCUCAGUAUCACGACUUUUCAGAAAAAUUGAAGAUAUCUCCUGGGAGGAGCCGAGGCCCUGGGGGGGACCCUCAUCACAUGAACCCACAUAUGACCUUCUCAGAGAGGGCCAACAGGAGUUCUCUACACGCUCCCUUUUCUCCCAACUCAGAAAGCCUGGCCUCCGCUUACCACGCAAAUGCUCGGGCUCAUGCAUACGGAGACCCAAGCGCGGGCUUGAAUUCUCAGCUCCAUUAUAAGCGGCAGAUGUACCAACAGCAGCAGGAGGAGUAUAAGGAUUGGAGCAGCAGUUCGGCUCAGGGGGUCAUCGCUGCUGCCCAGCACAGGCAGGAGGGGCCACGCAAGAGCCCCAGGCAGCAGCAGUUUCUCGACAGAGUGCGGAGUCCUCUGAAAAAUGACAAAGACGGGAUGAUGUAUGGCCCACCAAUGGGCACUUACCAUGACCCCAGCAGUCAGGAUGCUGGACGCUGCCUCUUGUCUAGUGAUGGUCUGCCAACCAAAGGCAUGGAACUGAAGCACGGCUCCCAGAAGUUACAACAAGAGUCUUGUUGGGAUCUUUCUCGACAGACUUCUCCAGCCAAAAGCAGUGGUCCUCCAGGAAUGUCCAAUCAGAAACGGUAUGGCCCGCCUCAUGAGACGGAUGGACACGGGCUAACUGAGUCUGCCCAGUCAUCUAAACCUAGUAAUGUUAUGCUGAGACUUCCAGGUCAAGAGGAUCAUUCUCCUCAAAACCCCUUAAUCAUGAGGAGGCGUGUCCGUUCUUUUAUCUCUCCCAUUCCCAGUAAAAGACAGUCACAAGAUGUGAAGAACAGUAACACUGAAGAUAAAGGACGCCUCCUUCCCCCAUCGAAAGAAGGUGCUGAGAAAGCCUUCAAUUCCUAUGCCCAUCUUUCUCACAGUCAGGAGAUCAAGGGGCUCCCUAAGAGAGAGUCCUCCAAGGACCUCACAAGUCCUGAGACUAGAAACUGCCCAGCUGUUACCCUCACAAGCCCUGCUAAGACCAAAAUCCUGCCCCCUCGGAAAGGACGGGGAUUGAAGUUGGAAGCGAUUGUGCAGAAGAUCACAUCCCCAAACAUUAGAAGGAGUGCGUCGUCAAACAGUGCGGAGGCUGGUGGAGACACGGUUACUCUUGAUGACAUACUGUCUCUGAAGACUGGCCCUCCUGAAGGUGGGAGUGUUGCUGUCCAGGAAGUAGAGGUGGAGAAGAGAAAAGGUGAGGUGGUGUCUGACCUAGUCAGUCCCACAAACCAGGAGUUGAACGCUGAAAAGCCUCUUCCAAGGUCCUCCGAGGAGUGGCGUGGCAGUGGGGACGAUAAAGUCAAGACAGAGACACAUCCAGAAACGGUUACUGCUGGAAAGGAACUCCCUGGUGCCAUGGCGUCUUUGACCUCACAGAAGCCUGGCAGUAACCAAGGGCGACCAGAUGGUUCCCUGGGUGGGACAGCACCUUUAAUCUUUCCAGACUCAAAGACUGUCUCUCCAGCAGGCAUAUUGGCCCCUGAGGCAAACCCCAAGACCGAAGAGAAAGAGGGGGAGACGGUAACCAUUUCACCCAAACAGGAGGGUUUUCCUCCCAAGGGAUAUUUCCCAUCAGGAAAAAAGAAGGGACGACCCAUUGGUAGCGUGAAUAAGCAAAAGAAACAGCAGCAGCCCCCUCUCCCGCCCCCUCAGCCCCCUCAUAUACCACAAGGCUCUGCAGAUGGAGAGCCAAAGCCCAAAAAACAGAGGCAAAGGAGGGAGAGACGGAAGCCUGGGGCACAGCCCCGGAAGCGGAAAACCAAACAAGCAGUUCCCAUCGUAGAACCCCAAGAACCUGAGAUCAAACUGAAGUACGCCACUCAGCCACUCGAUAAAACCGAUGCCAAGAACAAGUCUUUUUUCCCUUAUAUCCAUGUAGUAAAUAAGUGUGAACUCGGAGCUGUUUGUACAAUCAUCAAUGCUGAAGAAGAAGAGCAGACCAAAUUGGUGAGGGGCCGGAAGGGUCCGAGGUCCCUGACCCCUCCGCCCAGUAUCACUGAAAGCAAGGCACUGCCCGCUUCUUCCUUUAUGCUGCAGGGCCCUGUUGUGACUGAGUCUUCUGUUAUGGGGCACCUGGUUUGCUGUCUGUGUGGCAAGUGGGCCAGUUACCGGAACAUGGGCGACCUCUUUGGACCCUUUUAUCCCCAAGAUUAUGCAGCCACUCUCCCGAAGAAUCCACCUCCUAAGCGCGCAACGGAAAUGCAGAGCAAAGUUAAGGUACGGCACAAAAGCGCUUCCAACGGCUCCAAGACGGACACUGAGGAGGAGGAAGAGCAGCAGCAACAGCAGAAGGAGCAGAGGAGCCUGGCUGCCCACCCCAGGUUUAAGCGGCGACACCGCUCGGAAGACUGUAGCGGAGGCCCUCGGUCCCUGUCCCGGGGGCUCCCUUGUAAAAAAGCAACCACCGAGGGCAGCAGCGAAAAGACUGCUUUGGACUCAAAAUCCUGUCUGCCAACCACUUCAGAAGGUGGUCCCGAGCUGGAGUUACAAAUCCCUGAACUACCUCUUGACAGCAAUGAAUUUUGGGUCCAUGAGGGUUGUAUUCUCUGGGCCAAUGGAAUCUACCUGGUCUGCGGCAGGCUCUAUGGCCUGCAGGAGGCGCUGGAAAUAGCCAGAGAGAUGAAAUGUUCCCACUGCCAGGAGGCAGGCGCCACUUUGGGCUGCUACAACAAAGGCUGCUCCUUCCGAUUCCAUUACCCGUGUGCCAUUGACGCAGAUUGUUUGCUACACGAGGACAACUUCUCGCUGAGGUGCCCCAAGCACAAGCCUCCCCUCCCGUGCCCUCUCCCACCCUUGCAGAACAAGACCGCAAAAGGCAGCCUCAGCACAGAGCAGUCGGAGCGGGGGUGA